AUGGUGGACGGGAUGACACAGAUGAAGCGGUCUCAGCCACCCAGCGUUGCCCUGAUCUCUACAUCCUCGUCGUCGUCAGUGAGUGAACAGUUGGUGAAGCAGAUGUCGGCCACGGCGGAUGAGAUUGCCCCUUGGAAUAACAGGUUGCACGCCUUGCCUGCAGUCACUCACCCAGCCCUCAUCGUUCUCGCUCGCGACAUCAAACCACCGCAACCCGUUGAUAUCAUAACAAUUUCGGCCCAAAGGUUCGUCGGUGUUCCUCUCCCGCUCUCGUUUCUUCAACAUCCUCCCACUCCAGCCGACCAUCGCUUCGCCCAGUCCUGAUCUCCACUUCCAGGCCACCAACUGUUCCUCUAUUCCCACUUUUGGCAGCGGCUCCCUUACCCUAAACACUGACGUUCAUCAGUCUUUCCCUUGGAUCUUUGUGCUUGCCGAUGUUCUUCAUGAAAUCUUCGGCUCGGACUUUCUAGUAGACCUCGAUCUCCUCGUGGAUUACCGACUUUAUUUGCCCCUCGGACCACACGCGUAGUCUCUCUGUUCAUGUUUCAGCUUCCUUCGCUACUUCCUACAACCGGUCUUUUUUGGAUGCACAUACUGUUAGUCCUUUCCGGGAACAGCUCUUUGAACACCCAACAUAACUACUCACCAGUCUUUCAAUGGUGAGGUUUGACAUGACGUUGUGCACCAAAUCCGCACCUCAGGCACUCCCGUGUUCACUCGGUCUAAACGAAUGGCACCGGCCCGUUUUCAGGCCCCGAAUGCGAAUCUUGAACACACGCUGCAACUGAGAAUUACUCGACCGUCCGAUCGCCUCUAGGCGACCUUGCAUGUGGUGCCUAAGGCAAGAUCAGGCGAAUGGAGACCCCGUGGCGACUUUCCUGCGCAUAAAAAUGCCACCAUUCCCGAUCGGUACCCCGUGCCUCGUCUGCAUUUCUUUGCUGGAACCCUUUUGUAGUCAAACGGUCUUCUCGAAGACUGACCUGGUGUUUCCCUUUGUCGGAUUCCUGUAGUCCCUAGGGAUAUCCAUAAAACCGCCGUCACUACACCUUCCAUGCUUUUCGGUCUUUGCAAUGCCGCCCAAACGAUCCCAAGGUUCAUUGGUCAUGUCUUACGCAACCUAUCUUCCGUGCACACCUAUACUGAUGGUCCCUUGGUAGCCAGCCGGAAUGCUGAAGAACGCGAAAAGCACCUUGGCUUGGUGUCGGACCGCUUCGAAAAGUAUAACGUCGUCAUCAACCCCCAAAGAGUGUUUCUGGUGUUCCUUCCAUCAAGGUUUGCGUCCCUUCUCAUCCAAGAUCGAAGUCAUUUGUGAUUUUCCUUUACCAACGUCCAAGCGUCAGCUACAACGUUUACUCGGCAUGGUCAACUUUUACUGUCGGUUCCUAUCAAAGCGUACAGACCUUAUGCUGCUGCUCACUGACAUGCUUUCUGGCCCGAAGGGUCCCCUUGAACCUAUCGGUGGCUCGCCGGGUGCCUUGGUGAACCAAGGCCUUUCUUGCUCACGCCUCCUUGCUAACACAUCCUUAUUCCGAAGCUUCACUGUCCCUCACGGUUAACGCAUCAGCUGUUGCCGCAGUAGCAGUCCUACACCAACAUCUAACGGACUCCACACGACCGUUGGCUUUCUCCUCUAAGAAGAUGUCGCCUCCUAAGACAAGAUAUAGUACCUUUGGCCGUGAACUUCUUGCCAUUCACCUGGCUGUGAAACAUUUCCGAGACUUUCUUGAAGGUUGUGACUUCACAAUUUUCACGGAUCAUAAGCCAUUUACAUUUUCUAUAAGAGCGCAUUUGGAUAAAUACAAUUCGAGAGAGAGCGCUCAGUUGGACCGCAUUUCCCAAUUACCCGCCGACAUCCACCCUAUUGAUGACAGGAAGAAUGCUUUCCAGAACUUCCCUCUCGGUAUUUUAUCUCUCCCAGGGGAUCGAUCUUGGUGCCUUGGCGGUUGAGCAGUAGCGAAUCCGUUAUUGGUCUUCAACUUGUAAACGUUCCUUUGACCACCGGUACCGGCACAAUCCUAUGUGAGGUCUCGACCCCUUUUUACCACCCUUUUUUGCCGGCCUCGAUGCGUCGGGCUGUCUUCCAACUCCUUCAUGGACUCUCGCAUCUUCAGAUUCAAGCCUCAACAAAGCUGCUCGCGGAAACGUUUUCCUGACCUGGCAUGACCAAGGACGUCAAAGCUUGGGUGCGUUUGUUCCCCACCAGGCACAUUCCCAGCCCAGACACAUGGUCCGGCCAUGUGCCUCAGGGCGUCGCAGGCCCCUUGCUUCCGUUCAAUUGCCAUACUCACCUUCUUACCCGAGUUGAUCGGUACACUCGCUGGACUGAAGCCAUUCCUUUGCUGAACGUGCAGGCUGAAGCCAUUGUCGGGGCCUUCACCAGUCGUUGGGUCGCCAUUUUCGGUACCCCAUCGACGGUUAUGACUGAUCGUGGUGCCCAUUUUGAGUCUGCCUACUUCCGAAUGCUCCUCAGGUUUCUUGGCUGCACGCGCAUUCGGACGACGCCUUACUACUCAACUGCCUGCGGUAUGGUUGAGCGUUUCCACCGCCAGCUAAUGAUCGCUCUGCUUGCCGCAGAAGACCCAGGAAACUGGUCAGACAAACUUUCCCUUGCACUCUUCGGCAUUCGCGCGACAGUGAAGUCGGAUUUGGACUGCAGCGCAGCUGAAUUGAUUCCCGGCAUUAUCCUCCGGCUGCCAGGCGAGUUGGUCGCCCCAACCUCUCAUGGUGCCGACGAGACCCCUGACAAUUUUGUGUAA